AUUUGCCUUCUUCUUCUUCUUCUUCUUCUUCCUCAUCACAUUCUCCAAACUCUCUUCAUCUUUUUCCUCAAUACCCCCUUUUCUAGAUUCCAUUUUUAUAUAGCUCAAAAGAAUUCAAAAACACAUCCAAAAAACAUAUAUAUAUAUAUAUAUAUAUAUAUAUUAUAUCAAUAUGUCUGGUAGAUCUCGUUCAAGACAGUCAAGUGGUGUAAGAAUCAGCGACGAGCAAAUCACUGAUCUUGUUCACAAAUUGCAGCAACUCUUGCCUGAGAUUCGUAAUCGUCACUCAGACAAGGUUUCAGCAGCAAAGGUUUUGCAAGAGACAUGCAAUUACAUUAGAAGCUUACACAGAGAAGUGGAUGAUUUGAGUGAGAGGCUCUCGGAGUUGUUGGCCACAUCGGACACAGCUCAAGCCGCCAUUAUUAGAAGCUUGCUCACUCAGUGACUCAGUAGUACUCAUGAGUCAUGACCAUAUUAUAUUUUUUAUAUAUAUAUAUAUAUAUAUAAUCAUAUCAUGUGGUUGUUAUAAAUAAAUCAAAGUUUUUAUUUCUUUCUUUAA